ACAUGUCAGGAGCUUCAGUGUUCCAAAAUUAAUCAUGCAAUUUCCUGUUAAGUAAGCUUUCUUGUACUAAAGUGAGUUUGUUCAGGGCUGUCCUAUCGCAACAACCUCCCCCUGUUGCCUAGUAAGCUUUCAAGUUGAACACACCCAAGCUCAAAAUAAAACAGGUACUGAGUCCUCCAGGAAAGCAGGAGCCUGAAGGCUUCCUUCUGCGUUGUCAUGGCAACGACAAGAUUUGCUGGCCCCCUGUUAGCAUAAACCAACAGCAAGUGCAACACAUUCCACACAGCCUUAAAGAUUUACCAAGCUCUAGGGCCGGAAUGGAGCCUCAGUGGGCAGACGGAACUUCCAAGAGAAGAAGGGGAAUUCCAUGGUUUUAACUCCUAAAUGUGGUUGGCAUUGGCUUGAAUCACCAAGUGAAAGACAACCCAACAAAUGAAUGUCACUGUAUCAUCUAUGAAGAAGAUGGCCCUGCCCUUCGGUCAACACCUCCUUCUAAUUAGCUUCUUUGGCUUCUUUGCAUUUAAUAGCUUUGUAAGAGGUCAAAAGAACAACACGUUGAUUUUUACCAAGGAAAACACCAUUCGAAACUGCAGCUGCUCUGCUGAUAUACGGGAUUGUGAUUACAGUUUGGCCAGUCUGAUGUGCACUUGUAAAACUGUUUUGCCCUACACAAUAGAGCAAGCCAGCUAUGACAGUGAUCUGACUAUCUGGUUUACAGAUAUCACUGCACUGGGCUUCCUCCUGAACUAUACCUUAGUUAAGGACCUGAAGCUUUCCCUAUGUAGCAGCACUACGCUCCCAACAGAAUAUCUGGCUAUUUGGGGGCUGAAAAGACUUCGAAUCAACACAGAAGUCAAAGAUCAGUUCCCAGAGCAAAGCUUGAUGAUACACAGCAGUGGUGACAGUAGUUUUAAAGAAGAUAAUCCUAAAUUGCCCACUAGUAGGCAAACAUUAUUUUAUGUUUCAUUCUUGGAUACAGCUCUUUUCAAUGGGGAAUCUUCUUUGAAAUCAUACAGCAUUGAAAACGUCACCAGUAUCACAAACAAUUUCCCUUAUCUUUCUUACUUCAAAAUGUUUUCCAUCCCAAGCAACAAAAGCUAUACUGUUACGUUCAUUUACUGAUGUUAUAGUGUGACCAAUUUCAAUGGAUAUAUUAACAAAAAUGGAUAUGUUAACAAAACCUAGUUACCUUCCUCUCUUUUUUAUCUUUUCCCAACACAUAUACACAUUUUAGCACAUGUAAAGUUUAAGCAGCUAGGUGGCAUAGUGGAUAGAACACUGGGCCUAGAGUUACUGGAAAGUCUUAAGUUCAAAUCCAGCCUCAGACACCUUCUAACUAUGAUCUUGGGCAAAUCACUUAAUCCUGUCUGCCUCAGUUUCUUCCUCUAUAAAAUAAGCUAGAUAAGGAAAUAGCAAACCAUUGCAAUGCCUUUGCUAAGAAAACCACAAAUGGAGUCUCAAGAGAGUUGGAUACCACUGAAACUAAUGAACAAUAACUUUAAAAAUACUCAUUUGGGGGCAACUGGGUAGCUUAGUGGAUGGAGAGCCAGGCCUAGAGAUGGGAGGUCCUAGGUUCAAAUCUGACCUCAGACACUUCCUAGCUGUGUGAUCCUGGGCAAGAAACUUAACCCCCAUUGCCUAGCCCUUAGC